GUGGCGGAAGUGCGGCCGGACGGUGGCCGGGACGGGGGUGUCUGUCGCCCUUCCCCCCAUGAGCCCCCCCCCGGGAUGAGCUCCAAGGCCAAGCGGGUGCUGCCCACCCGCCCUGAGCCCCCCAGCGCGGAGCAGAUCCUGGCCGACGUGCGGGGCACCCACCCCAGCGACCCCAUCUUCAUCCUCCCCGCCGAGCCCCCCCAGGAGCCCGGCCCCGCUCCAGGCUGCCCCGAGCCCGCGGCCGAGGAGCGGGAGCGGCUGUACCGGCAGAUCCGCUCCUACGUGGGGAUGAACCAGCGGCUGCAGCGGUCCCGGGAGCAGCUGCGGGAGCGGCGCCGGGAGCUGCAGAGGGUCGGGGAGGCGCUGGACCGCGGCAUCGCCGAGAUGAGGCAGAAAGCGUUCUGA